AUGUCAAGAAUAGUAUUUCUUGAAUAUUUAAAAAAGUUGUAUGCGACGUUUUCGAUCCCUCAACUAUUGACGGAUUAUGGCAUCGAAGAUAAACAAUUGGUACCUCCAGUUGUUGACCCGAAAAAAUAUUUCAAUUUAAACCUGAUGAAAGGAAAGAAUUUUACGCCGCUUUGGUUUCACGACAACACAACAUUUGAUAGUCUGUUGCCUGAAGACUGGUUGAAAAAAAAUUUUCACAACGGAGUUCAAACUCCAGUACCUGCCUACGUUUAUUUACCCAUCAAAUCGGAUGACGAAUUUACCAACAAUUACAAAUGGACGCAUGCUAAUGUAAUUAAAUAUGAUUGUGAUGUAAACAUGUACACAGUUGCCUUGAAGAAUAAUUCCAAUGUAGUAUAUCCUCAAGUACCUAGAAUACAAAUACAUUUUGAAGGAGAAGAUCCAAGAGAAUUUGCGAGAAGGAUCAAAUAUGCAGUUUCGAGACGAGAUUAUUGUGAAAAAAUGAUGUUGUAAGUUACUUAUUUAAAUUUUAUUUGUGAAUUUUUUUUUGAAAACCUGUAGUUAACUUUAAUAGUGAAAAUAUGAAUAAUGGAAUCAUCUAUGUGACAAGUAAAAUGGGAAUAAGGGCAUCUUGUUACGUAAAAUAAACUUAACAAUUGGCUAUACAAGUUUUCAGGAAGAUAGAACUGUUGGCAUUUUAAAUUUUUUUGAUAGAUUUUGUAACCAUGCUUUAACUAUACUCCAGCCCACAAGAGAAGUACACCGUGUCCCGACUAAAAUUCGUCCGGUUUUGUGCAUGUAUACAUAUCGCAGCCAGAGGCGGUUUUAAAAUAAAAACCUAGGGGGUGUAUCCAAAAAAUUGCAGACUUUAUGGUGGGGGGAUAGAGAUGAGUCAGUGGUUAAUUGACAAACAUUAGAUGUAUGCCAAUUGAGUAAAAUGUGUGUUAAAAUCUAAAAAUAAAAACAUUAAAAUAAAUUAUUUAAGAGUCAAUCAAAUCUUACAAAUUCGAGAUUUAAUUAGGUUUAAGGUUUAUAAACAAAUAUAUAUAUAUUUUAAUUGACUGUUUAAUCUAACUAACGCUAUCGAUUUUUUUUUUAUAUUAAAUUUAAUAAAAAGCAUAUGAGUAAUAUCAAAGGUGUAGGUAUAGAUUAUAAAUGAGGAGGGCUCAUAAGUUCAAUUACUUACCGCAAGUAUGGACCUCUUGGAAAAAGAAUUUGAAUGAUGAUUUAGGUUCUAGAUAAAGUCUUGUUAAUGUUUUAAGUUCACUUUUAAAAGAAUAGAGAGAUUAAAGUUCAAAAAUGUAUGAAUUAGUCAAAAAAUAAAUUAAGGUACUCAAACUUAAAAACAAUUAAAAACUUAUAAUCUGAAAAGAAAAAUAACAAAAAAGCCGCUUAUGCUUAGUGUAAUAAUGUUUAAGAAAAAAUUGUUUUUGAAUUGAUAUCUGCUUAAAAUACAGAAUACUGAUGAUAGUUUAAUAUAAGUCAAAAAAAAUUAGGUAAGAAAUAUGAUAAGGUAUAGUGUUAAAAUUUGAUAACAUAUUGCAUAUUAGUUUGGGUAGGUUUCUACUUAAUACUAUAAUAAUGAUUAAAGAACAUUUAUUGAGGAAACAAUAUGAAACUUGUCAAAUUGAUUAUGAAUAAUUUAUAAUUUAUUAUUUCAAAAUAACAGAACAUAAGAUCUUUAAUUAUUGCUUGAAUGUUUUUUUUUUUUUUUUUUUUUUUUGAUUUUUCAAAAUUCAAUUCUUCUUUGUUUAGUAGAAGACCAAGUCUUUAUCACAGUUUAAAAUUAUUAACGAGUUUGAACGGUCAGAACGUAUUAUAGAGCAUAAAAUAUGUUUAAUCAACUUUAAGCUUAAAGUUCGAUCACUUGAUACUGUAGUUACUGGAGCUGUAAAUACAAGACGAUAUAACUAGUUUGCCCAAGCAAAGGUUUCUGUAACUCAAUUGACUUUUUCAUAACCUACAUAAUUUUUUCAUUUUUUCCUUCUUUUUUUUUCUAGUCUAUGAACACGUUUUUCUUAGUAAAUUUGCUCUGAUUUUUACGUGUAGCAUUUUUCAAAAAGUUUAAGUUGUCUAGAUAGUAUUUUAGAGAGGUUAUUUUUGGACUUUCAACGCUAUUUUUUAAAUAAAAGCACAUAAGUGGGAAAAACCAUAAAAAAAACUUAAAAUUUCACGAUUUUAUUAUUGUAUAUAAACACGGACUACGUGUUCUCCCAAAAAAAAAAAAAAUGAUUUAAUCGAAAAAUUACAAGAUAUCUUUUUUGUUGCCUUUUUGAUUUACUUUCUUACGAUAUCAUCACCAACAUUUUUGAGCUUUUAGGGAAUUUUAAUUUUUGGGAGUUUUUAUGCUGUUCGGUUAUAAAUAUACGUAGGGAUUUGAAACUUGGUAAUAAUAUUUAUAUUGUACGUACCAAGACGUGGUAAAAUUUCCAAAAUUUUUUUUUUAAUAAUUUAAUAAUUUUUAAAAUCAAAUUUAAACGAAAACUGCAAAAAAAAAUUACGACACUUUAAAUUAUGUAUUACCGAACUGUGCUCAGAAUUGUCUUUCGUCAAGCAAGGGUUUAUCGUUGCUUAUAAAAAUAAAUGAAAUAACCUUAUGUAUUCUACCUUCUCAACUUCUUACCUACAAGAUUGGCCACUCCCAUCCCCAGUAUCAGCUCUUUUUAAUUUCUGAUCUUAUAGUUUCCAAUAUUUUAUAGUAGUGUUAAUUAAUAUACAGGCAUCACAUAUAUUCAGUUCUUUAGCUUCUAACUGUUCUGUUAAAUUCUUAAGUUUGUACAUUAUGUUUUUCAUAAACAUUAAUGAUAGAAAAAUCAAAAUUUAAAAUUUUUUUUGAACAAGUAUUAAUUAACUUAUUAACUUUCACCAAAUUCACCAGUGGAAGUAAAACGAUGUUAAAAAUUUAAAAUGUAAACAUAAAUCAUAAUAUUAUAGAAUUUUGAAAUACUUUGUACUAUACCCUGUCCAAAUUAAGAGUAUACCCGGCGGCGGAAGAAAACACGUUCGUUUUCGUGCAUGUGUUCCCACUCUCGAUUAUCAGUACCGUUUCAUCUAUUCACUCACCUAACAAUUUCGUUACCACCAUUACACAUGGUAUAUAACAUACGUAGAGACCAAAAUGUCGAUAAUAUUUUGUUUUAAUGGUCUUAUUGCGUACACGUAUUUUCUAGCACAAAUCCUCUGUUUAAUUUGAAUAAACGCUACAAUUUAAUUCAAAUUUUUCUAUGUUACCUGUUAAUUUGACCGAAAAAGUAUAGGUAUGCGUGUAUACUACGAUUUAUUUGACGAUAGGUAUUAUAGGUAUUAUAACUUGCUGUAUACACGACAACGGUGGCCACGACGACAGCGCGUGGCGUAUAGAAUUGUACUGCGACGGCAUAACGAUUAUUUCCGAUCUAUCAAGUAGGGGGUCCGAUAACAUUCAGCGCUCAGUGAGGUAUGCGUAAACGGGUAUACUCUUAAGUUGGACAGGGUAUAGAUAUAAUAGGUAUAAUAAUAAUAGAUAGGUAAUUAUUAAAAAUGAUCAAUAUUAUAGACGGUUUAGUUGGUAGGUAAAUAAGGGUCGGGAUGAAUCAAAACAUAUCAAGUCAUUUAUUAGAAAAUAUUUUUAUUCAUUAUCAUAAUUUUCAAAUUCAGUCUCCGUAGACAAUAUUAUUUAUGCCUGUGGUCUAUGCAGCGGUAUGCGGAAGAACUAUUAAAAAUGAUUAAUGAUAAAUGCAAGACUAUGAUAGAUAUUAAUUAUUUUUUCUAUUUAUAUUACAAUCAUGAUGAUAGCAUAAUAAUACAAGUUUAUACAACCAAUACAUUUUAAAUGUAUAAAUAAAUGUACAAUCAUAUUUAUUUUAAUUUAUAAAUUAUAAAUUUCAUUGCAAGUACAUUAAAUUAGAGUUAAAAUUGUUGACUCAUGUCGUUGAUUUUAAAUUGCCGACUUAUUAUUUAGUUUUGCAGACAUCCGGAAGAGGGAGUGACACCCCCCCCUUAAACCACUCCUGAUCGCAGCACAUAGUGAGACAAAGUGGGGGAAGAGUUUACUUAGUUUAUUUGAGCGAAACGGUGUACUUCUCUUGUAGGCCGGAGUAUAAUUAUAUGAAAUAAUUGUGUGUUUAAGAAAAUGUUCUUUAAUUUUUAUGUUAAAGGUUUUUCAUAGACAUAUCUCUGCUUAUCAUUACAUUAAUUAUUUUAUAGAUAACAGAUUUUUUUUUUAUUAUUAUUUUGUUUUAAUAAUUAUUGAACAAAUAAAUUAGAAAAUAUCACUGCUAAAAAUAUAGUUCUAUAUAUCUGAAACGUAUAAUUUCUAAAGUAGAUUUGUUUGUUAUAGAUGGUAUAUGUAUAUGGAUAAAAUCAAGAUUGAUGACGUUUCGGAAACAUUACCAGAAGAAAUGAUACAGAAAAUAAUGUCCUUAGUCUUCAGAAAUAAAAAAAUAAAAAAAACCAAAGAGGAUUCCGUAAGGAUCAUACAAAUACUAUAUACAAUAUACUAUAUAUUUUUACUGAAGGUCUUCAGCCACGGAAAGAGAUUAUAAGAGUGAAUAACUGAAGUUCUGGGAACUUUUCCCUUCUCGAGUUUAAUAAUUUAAUAUAUUAUUUUGCGUAACAUUCAUAUAUUAUGCUGUGGAUUCAUGUAUAUUUUGUCUAUUAUUAUUUGUUUAAUAUUUCUAAUAUUUGAUUAAAAUAAAUAAAAUUCCUUCUAUACAUUUAGUAUGGCUGCAGACCUGUACAUAUUAACGCACAAACAAAAUUAAAUUUCCGUUAUUAAAUAUAUUCUAUCAAAUUAAACAAAAAUAGUUGGGUUCAGAUGCAUGUAGAUGCAUAAAAUUGAUUUAAUUUAUUUUGUACGUCUUAAACGAAUCUCCAAAUAAAAUUAAAACAUUCGUUAUCCUUAUUAUAGUAUGUUUCACAUUUUGUGCGAUUCGAACGAAUCUUGUGCGUACUCCAUAAGUUUCGUCCACACGUGUGUUCAAAUCGCAUACCUAGUGUAUAAAUAUCAUUAUUCAUUACUUAUAAAAAUAUUUUUCUCACAAAAAUAAUAUGUUUUUAAAGAUUAUUAAAGAAAUUGUAAAUAAUUUCAAUCGAUGGCAGUAUUCUUUUUUGCUUCGAUUCAAGAUUUCUAAAAGUCCGCUUGAAUUUAAAUACAUCGAAGUACCGAAUUUUGAAUUUGAACAUUUAAUACCAAAAAUUAGUAAUUUAUAUAAAUAAAUUGUAUCAACUAUGUAUGAUCAUUUUAUUUAUUCUUAUUUUCUUCAUUAAUAAUAAACAGCACGAUUAAAUACUGGACUGAGUUUCGAAGACUUCACAAAAAUCAAAGCAGCAAUUAAUAAACAAACCUUGUUAGUUUUACCUCAAGUUCAUACAGCUUUAUGGGGCUCAAAUGUAGAAAACUUAUUUUUGAUAAACAAUAAGCAAAUAUUUAUUACUGAAUUUAUAAAUGCAGUGACACUUGAAGAAUUUGAGUCUAUACAGUUUAUUAAUAUUAAAACCGUAAGUAAUUUUUUGUUUUAGAUUCUAAGCAUAUUGAUUAUUAAUAACCUAUUAGUUUUAUUAUGGUGUGCAUUAUUUUUCUCUCUAUAAAUAUAACUAUUAUACCAGAAAUUAUGUUCAGUUCAUAAAAUUUAAGGGGCUCAAAUUUAUUAUUGACGAAUGUAUUAGGUAGGUCAUUAUUUGAUUUUCCUGAUAUAUGUGGGAAUAACUGUCGAAAAAAAACAAUUAUUUACGCAAUUUUUGUUAUUUUGGAAUUUGUUUUUUUCUGUAUGUGAUUUAGUUCAAAAUAAUCGUAAUUGCAUUGGGGGCAUCAUUAUAUUUUUCCAGAGAGUGUCAAUAAUUAAAAAAUAAUACAAUUUUGUUUCUUUAUUAAGAUCUUUAACCUGACCUUAAAAAGUUCUGGUUGCAUCAUUGAGCCUCAGUGAUCAAUAGUUUCGGGUAGAGUGAUACUCUAUGUGUACCAACAACUAGAAAAUACUUAAGAUAGGUAAAAUCAUAUAUCUAGGUACUCUUGGUUAUUAUUGAACUUAAUAUAUUAAAUAAUUCAGCAGAAACUUUUUUUUAUUAGUCAUGUUAAAAAAAUAAUUUAUUCUUUUAAUUCUUUUAUGCAUAAUGAAUAAUGAUUAUAUUAUUAUAUUAUAUUAUAUUAAUUGUUUAAACAUAUUUUUUUAUUAGUUAAAUAUAAAUAAAAUGAAAUUAUAUAUAUAUAUAUAUAUAUAUAUAAUCCUUGGAUCCUCUGUUAUUUUUUCUCUUUCUUGUCGAGUUUCCCCUUUGGGACUGCACUUUUGUAGUCCUAUCAUUUUUUAUUUUUAGCAUUUUUAUUAGUUAUGGUUACUCUUAUUUUAAAAAUUCCAAGUUGCUCAUCUUUGCCAACCACAGAAGUUAUUCAUCCAUAUAUAACCUCCCACUUUGACUACUUCUCUUACAGGCUGACUUCGACCGAUUGGUCACUUGGAGAUUGUCUGUCAGGCUGUACCUGAAUAUUCUGAAGUAAUCGAUGAUGACUUUUCCCCUUCUCUGUUUCUUUUCAAUUUCCUUCACCUACUGAAUUAAUGGGUUUUCUAUUAAAUUUGCCGGUAACCCUAUUACCAAUAACCUCUAUACAUUGUUGCAUAUCUAAGAGGCCUGCUGUAAAUUACUCUGCAUUGUCAACCAUAUUUCUUAUGAUUUUUGCAUCUUUACUCUUCUUAAAUCCUUCUACUAUGCUAGUGGUUUUUAGAAGGGGUGAAAUGGAUCCAGUGUAGAGAAAACAAGGAAUCCUCGGUGGUGAGAAAAAAAAAAUAAGACAAUUUGUAUUUUUUUAAAAUAAAAUCGUAUUACCAUCCGCUGACCCAGUUACCAUAAGUCUUAUGUUACCUUAUGGCAUAAGGUAAUAAAUAGUUGAAAAUAUUCAAAAAUUUCACCAUGUAGUUAAGUGCUUUCUAAGUAUGGUUAUCAAUGACUUAUAAAAUAAUUGUAUCUAAACAAUUGUAUUUAAUAAUUUGGUUAAUAUUUAGAAAAAAUAUGUAUUAUAAUAUAUAACCUAAUAUAAAGACAAGCAUUGAUUGCAUGGAAAAAGCUAAAACUGGAUGGGAUGGCUAUUUUAUAUACAUUUUAUAUAUAUUUUGCAUGAUUAUUUUCUAAGAUUUCUCAUGGUAUUUAGACUAUGGCUUACCUUAACAACAUUUGGACGAAAUCCAUUAUCAAUAGAUAUCACAUUGCGUUGAGAAAUAUAAAAACAGGUUGGUAUAAUAUUUCAUUGAGUAACUUUAAGGUUUGUGAGUCGUCGAUCAACAAACUCCGAAAAUUAAUGCUACUUGUCCAAUACAUGAUGGAGGUACGAAACCGUAUACCUAUUUUCUGAUAUUGUUUGAUAUCUAUAAAUCUACAUAGGAAUGUCUACGAAAUUUUGUAAUCAAUUCGGCAACGAGUUAUUCUAAUCUAAUCGAACAACCGUGUAUCUCAAUAAAGGGUAUUGAAGACAAUUUCACUUGGAAUACUGAUUUGAAGAUAUUUGAUGAUUCAAGUAUCCCUCCGUUAUUUUCUAUAAUGUUAAAUAUGAAUCAAAAUGGACCAAUUUAUUCCAACGAUCCAGAUAAGUUUGAGGUUAGUAAUUUAUUCUAUUUUAAAUAAACCUAUAAAAAGUAUUACAUUUUUUCUAGAACUUCUUUCUCAUUUUAUAAAACUGUUUAACCCCACUUCAAUUCCCAGUGGAUCCGCGUUAUAUCCUACAAUAAUAAUAAAAAAAAACUAUAUUUAUUGGGUCCUGGGUUUCCACAAGUUUGUACAAAUGAGCAGUAAAAUGUCUUGUAUUAUGCUUUUAAACGUUUGAACCCAAUUAGUAUGCUUCCUACUGGUGGAAAGCUCAGAUGGGUGAUUCCAGUAAGCAUAUGGUAUUAUUUCUUUAGGGUAGAAGAAUUCGCAUUACAGUUGACAAUACCAUUUUUUCUGUGUAAGGGAAUCAGGAUAUUCCAACGGUACUUUUACUUGUAAUAAAAGGUAGCAAAUGGGGUCGCAUCAGGUUGACAACCGGUGUAAAAUUCUGUCAAACAUAGGAAGUUUUAAAUAAGACAUGGGAGCUGAAAAGAGUCUCCAAAGUGCAUGUCACUUAAAAAAUGAAGAGAAGCACUUAAAUGAUAGGGAUUUAGGAUAAAUAGAAGUAAAACAGAGUAUAAGUUUGGAGGAACAAAAGAAAACAGAUAACUAUAGUAAUUAGUGACGUAAUUGAUAAGGUUAAGAGUUUUAAAUAAAUAACUAGAAUCGAUUGUUUAAAAUAACGGCGGUUGUGACGAGGAUGUGGUAUAUAGGAUUAAGUUUAGUUAAAUAGAGUGAAAAGAAGCAUCAGGUGUCUUAUAUGACAUGAAAAUCCUGACAAGACUUGAUAAGUGUGGUGAGACUGACUAUCCACAUGUUUCUUAAUUCAUCUGUAAUGACAUCACUGAUGACCCUAAGAAAUAUUAAAGGAAGUUCGUUUUAAGAAGUAUUAUUAUGAAGCCUAACUAUAUAAUAAUAAUAGUUAAAUAUUAUAACUGUUAUCGGUUAUUUUCUUAAAAAAAAAAAAUGAGAUAAUAAACACAUCUAGUCCACCCCAUCUCAUGUCUCACGUCUCACAUUUCUGACUCGAAAACAUGAUAUGAGUGAUAAAGCUAUCUUUGAUGCCAUCAGAGAUUUUCGGAUUUAAAAAAGAACAACAUCGAUGGCAUCACAGAUGAAUUAAGGAAUACUUGGUAUGUUGUAUGAUUCGGAGUGUUGGCUGGCAAAUAGAAAAAUAGAACAGAAUAAAUAUAGCAGAGAUUAGAAUGCUUAGAUGGAUGAAUAUACUGACGAGAGAAAUUAGGAUGAGGGAUGAGUGUAUGAGAAGUAGCUUAGGCGUGGAUUACAGGGUUUAUUUUAGACCUCCAUUCCUGAGGGGUAUUAUAAAUGUUCAAGUGGAUAUGCUAAAGACAGAUCCGGAUCUAGGCCGACCCCUUAAAUAAACACUUGUAUAUUUGAAAAUAGACAAAAUGAAAGAAAAUAAACUGAAAUGAUUCAGGCUUAUCAUAGGGAGAGAGAAAUAAAAAACAGUUACACUUGUAAUUAAAAUAAAAAUUGGAAGAAAGAGGGAAGAUGAGGACUAAAGAAAGAUGUGGUUAGAUAUGUUUGAGAAAAAUAUGAGAACAGCUAGUGUAUACGAGGUGGAAGAUCAGGUCAAGUUGAAGUUUAGGAUAAGUGUAGCUGACUCCAAAUACUUGGUGGAAUACGAAAAAGAAGAUUAUAGGAACUUAUGGUAUAUAAAAUAUAUCAUGCAUAUUAUGUAUUGUAUAUAAUAUAACAUAUCCUGCCUGACUGACUCACUGAUUAAUCAUCGCCUAGCCGAAACCGCUGAAGCUAUGUAGUUUGUAUUAUCAUAGUAUUUAACAGAUUAAACAUAUUUUUUUAAGUCGAUUACAGUUUUGAAAUUGUACAAACAAAUAUUUAAUUUUGCACCAAAAGUUUUUAUUAUCAUUAUUAGUAUUUAUUAUUUUUAUUAUUAAAGUUUUUUUAUCACUCCAUACCUUCUAUCUUAACAUAAAUAAACAAUAAAAAUAAAAUGCUAAUAAAUAAUAUAAUCGAUGAACUUGAUUCAAUACUUGACACGAAUAAAGAUAAAAGUUAUUUUCAAUUUAUAUUUACAAACAUUGGUGGUUGUAAAACUGAUUGGUAUCGUAUUAAUUAACUCAAUAAUAGUGAUAAUAUUAAUAAUAAUAAUAGCUAAAAAAAUGCAUAAUGUAUUUUUUUUUUUGACGUGUGAUUUAUUUAUUCCACAGCCUGUUAUAGUACACUUAUUUACUUUGGCUGUAAUCGAAAGCCAUAAAAUAUCUGCCAUUCAUCCAAAUUUACUGAGAGAAAUUAGAUAUUUCGAAAAACCAAAGAUAACGUCGAUAGGACUACUAGAAAAUGAAAUCUCCGAAUUACAAACCCGUAUUGAGAACAACGUUCGUUUAGCAAUUAUUCCAUUAAAAGCGUAUUGUAAAGAAUAUAUAGUACAUUUACCACUGUUUAAUACAAAUGUCGCAACAUAUACAAAGUUUGUAUAGAACAUUUAAAAUAAUAAUUACUUAUUUAUGUAUACCAAAAUCCGAAAUAAAAUGAAAUUAAAAUCUAUAAUUAUUAUUUCGAAGGGAUUUCUUCGAUAACGAUCCAUCACUAAUUCAAGUGAAAGAAGAAAUAUCAAUGCAGUUUAAAAUGAAAGCGAACCUUGAGAAAACACUUCCCGAUACUAUUAAUAUUGGUCUUUUCUAUGUGCGUACACAGCAAUUGAAGUCAUUAUUGAUAGAAAAACGGAAAGAGUUAUCAACAUUACUAAUGAAAACGCAUGCCAGUAAAAUAAGUGAACAAUUAGAAUUGUCCUGUGCUGAAUAUAAAGAAAUAUAUCAAAAGCUCAAUGAAAAUCCCGCGUCUAUCGAACAAUUGUUUGAAAUGAGAGAAUGGAUUGAAACUCUACCAGUUAUAAUAAAAAAUAUAUCCGACGUUGUUAAACGAUUGUCUAUGGUACACAUACAUUAUGUAUUAUAAUAUGUAUAAUGUAAUGGUGUGAAUUAAUCAUGCGCUUAAAUAAGUACUUAAAUUAAUUAUUUUUAGGAACUAGACAUUUUGGACACUUAUUUAUGGAUAGUAGAAGACGAACAACUAAAAUUAAAAUUGGACGGUAAAACUUGGCCUUAUAAAAUUGAAUUGAGAAUGACGGAAACGCAAGAACGUUUAGACGGUGAAUUUGAAAAAUUUGAGAAACUACAAUUCGAGCAAGAAUUAUUGUUACAGGAAACCGUAGAAUACAUCAAUAGCGCUAUAUUAAAGUUAACUAUUGAAACUGAUUUAACGAGAAUUCUUGAAACUGCGGAGGAAGUCAAUAAACUUUGGAAAGAAAUUGAAAAGCUUCAAUCGUUUAGUCAAAGGUUAAACCAUAGCCAAAAACUUUUUGGUCAUCAGGUCAGUAUAAACUACAGAGUAUAGACGUAUUACAAUAUAAUAAUAUUAUAUUCGUUUUAUGCAUUCCUAUAUGUUCCUUAGUAUUCAAAUUUAAAUAUUUUUCAGGCUCACCCCUAAAAACGUGUGUAUGCAUAUAAAAAUGAAUUACGAAAAUGUUUAGUCAAUCAGCCAAUGUUAACCCGUGCCGAAUUGAAAUUAAAGCUUAAAUAAGUUUAAUUUUUCAAUAUUUAUGAGAAUAUUGUAUGGGUUUUUAAAUAUUUUGUAAACCGUUGAGUGAACCGAAAUUAUUUAUAUUAUAUGUUUUAAAUAAAACAAAAUUGUCUAUAAAUUAUUAUUCAACAAGUUCUUAAUAUCGUCUACCGUUCACAAGAUAUAUUGACCUAAUGUACAAAAAUACCGUAUACUAAAAAUGUGUACUGUUAUAAAUAAAAAUAUUAUUAUUAAUGUUAAAUAUUUAUCAGAGUUUAUGUAUUAUUAAAUAUGUUUAUUUAUUUAAACAUAUAAUUAAUGUUUUUAAGUAAUAUUUUUUUGUAAUGUUUCCUUUUUGCAAUCUGGAUAAAUUUUUCUAUGUUCUUGAACACAUUGUAGUACAUAUUGUUUUUGAUCUUCAUCGACUGUUAAUGCUUCAUUAAUUACACUCUUUUAGCUGUAUCAUUGACUAUUUUAAGUGAAUUUAUUAAUUCUUUGCCAUUAAUAAAACUGAUAUGAUUAUCCCACGUUUUUGGAUCGUAUUGUAAGAAAUUUGUUUCGAUACCAAAUCUGGAGAAUAAUUUCAAGCUAUUUUCCGAAAUAAAUUUAUCAAUAUUUCUGUAAAAUAUAAAAAUAAUUUAAAAAAUAAAUUGUAUUUUAAUUAUUAUUUAGUUUAUAUUAAUGAACUCACCGUUAAAUUUGUCAUGAAUCUGAUAUGGUUGAAAUAUCAGUCAUUUAGUUGAGUUAAUGGAUGAUUUAUCCUUAAGAGCUUUUAUCAUUAAAUGUUUCGUUUUAAAAGGUAUCAAUUCACCGAAAAACGAUAGAGCAGUAGCUUCUUUGGUUAAAUACCACAGGUGAUUACAAAAUUUUUUGAUUGCGACUGUAGAUAUUUGACUAUCAAUUAUUUUGAAGGAUUUAAAAGCUUUAAUCAAUUGUAAGUAAAUCUAGGUUUGGAGCUUUUGUUAGCAAUGAACAAGUAAACCACUCUUUGACAUAAAAUGUAACUAUGAAAAUACAAACUUCUCUAAUUGCUUUUUUUUCAGUUGCAGAAAUAUGAUAUUGAUGGCUUAAUAUAAACAUUUUCAAGUAAUAGAUUUCUCGAGAAAACCAUCAUACUUGAUGUAUUGCACCUGGUGGACGAAUUAUAAUUUUUUUUUCGGAAUUUUCACCAAUAAAUAUUAGUACCAAUUCUUCAAACUCACGGUAAUCAUCGUGAGAAUUUUUUAUUUCUAAUUGACUUCAUACAAAAUUAAGAAUAUCUUCUCUGAUAUUUUCUGUGGCACUAAUAUAAUAUUGAUCUUCUAAUUCACAUAUAAAAUUACUAGCAUUAAUAUCAUCCACAUUUUUUGAAAAUUUUUGAACAAUGAAAUUGCUGAAAUCGUAGUUACUUGUGGUAUUUUAUAAGUUUGAUUCAUUAUAAAAUCAUCAUUGUCGUAUCCUAAUGCCUCUAAUGUUGCUGUUAAAACAGUAAACAUUUUUAGUAUAUGAUAUUUUUGGAAAUUUAGGUAAUGUAUCUGAUGAAAAGUAGAAGAUAUUAAAAAACUUGUUAAAAUAUAAUUUAUAGACAAUUUUGUUUUAUUUAAAACAUAUUAUAAAAAUAAUUUCGAUUUACUUAACGGUUUGCGAAAUAUUUAAGAAAAUAUAAAAAAUUUCCAUUAGUAUUGAAAAAUUGAACUAAUUCAAACUUCAGGUUUAAUUCGACACGGGUUAACUUUGUUUGAUCGACUCAACACUUUUCGUAGUUCAUUUUUAUACACAUACACAAGUUUUUAGAGGUGAGUCCAUAAAAAUGUUGAUAUUAAAAUAUUGUAUGUGUUUUGUAUUUUGAAUGUAAAAUACACAAAUUAAUAUAUUUUGCCCAUCCCUGGUCAUAUUCAAUAUUAUGGUUAUUAUUAUCUAGUUAUAAUUUAUAGUUGAUAGUUUUAUAAUUAUUAGGUAACACCUUUUGAUAAUGUCAAAAGUUUAGUGAAAGAAUUUGAACCAUAUAAAGAAUUAUGGCUAACUUCUGCUGAGUUUCUAAAAAUGCAAAACCUUUGGUCACAAAAUCCAUUAACCACCCUAGACGAAAGUACUUUAGAACCCGUGUUAAAUGAAUUGUUAAAGAUUAUGACGAAAUGUGUUAAGCAAUUUGCUGAAGUACCUGGUAAAAAUAAAUUGACUAUAUUUAUUUUGAGUUUUAUACAUAAAUAUAAAUACUAUAAAAAUAAUAAUAAUUGCAGGUACUUUAAGUGUUGCUAUUGAAAUGAAAAAACAAAUCGAAGACUACAGGCCAACUGUCAAAUUAUUAAAAGAUAUACUAAAUCCAGGAAUAAAACAAAGACAUUGGGAUAUCAUAGCUAAAGAAACUGGUGAAUUUAUACAGUACAUAAUACAUAUAUUUACUAACAAUAUAACAAUAUUAUUCAAAUAUUUUUAGGAGCAAAAGUUGUUUUAGUACCAUCAUUGAAUUUUCAAAAAUGUUUAGAAUUAGGUGUUGAUAAACAUGUAGAUAUGAUAAAACAAAUUUCGGAUAAUGCUUCAAAAGAAUACACAAUUGAACUGGCUUUAAAUAAAAUGAUAAAAGAUUGGGACGGUGUAAAAUUAAAUUUAAUUCCUCAUAAAGACACAGGAACAUAUAUAAUGCAAAUAUCAGAUGAAGAAAUACAAAUGCUGGAUGAACAUAUUUUGAUUACUCAACAGUUAUCUUUUAGUCCAUUCAAAGGACUAUUUGAAGAGCAAUUAACUAAAUGGGAAGAAGAUUUGAGACUUACUAGAGACGUCAUUGAAGCAUGGAUUGAAUUUCAAACGUAUAAUUACAAAACAAAAUAUUUAGUACCUACCUAAUCACAGAAUAGAAUAAUUUUUAUACGUUUAGUGGACAGUCGCAAUGCCGGAUUAAUGAAAUUAAUUAUUUUUUUAUAAAGUAUUAUUAAUAUUAUAGUUUUGUGUCCGUAAACAAUUUUUUUAACUUAAAAUUUUCCCCGGUUUCACUUAUUAUUUUCCUAAUCGUUGGGGAAAACAUAAAUAAAAAGACAUACUUCGCAUGGGUUGGUUACUGUUGCAGGUGAGAAUUUGGGAAGGUAAAGGGGAAAUUUAAUGUAUAUCUGUAAGCAACGAUAAACAAUUGCUUACAAAAAAAACGAUUUUGAACGACAGUAAUGCUUUGUAAACAAUUUUUAUGUCAUAGUAUGAUAAAAAAAUUACAUAUGUAUUAUAUAUUGUCUUUAAUAAUUUUUGUUUAAUAUUGUACGUAUUCUCCUAUAUUUUUUUCUGGUUUUUUCCUAAAUUUUUCAAAUUUAUUAUAAAAACAGCUGGAAAAAUCAAAAAAAUGACCUCCCUAAACUACCACUUCAGUCAGAUUUCUUUUCAGAAAAAAUGGUUUCAUUGUAAAUCUGAACGAAAUUGUUUAUAGAAAAGUUAUUCACAGAUAAAAAAUUAAUAAAUAAAUAAACAUCAUUGUAAAACAAAUAAAAUGGAAAGUUAACUGAAAUACCAAUAAUUUCAAUACUUUCGUUUUUUUUUUUUUUUUUGUUGUAGUUCGGUUAUAAGCAAUAGUAGAAACAUGUAAUUUGUAUAGACAAUUUUUAGAGGUAAUAAAAUAUUAUACUUAUUGAUAGGCAUCUGACAUUAUGGAGUUUUUUCAGUUUUUAUUUGGUUGUUUUAUGAGGAAAAAGGGGAGGUUAUAAGAUGCCUUGGAGGAUUCCACAUUUAAUGAAUUCACCUGAACUUAGUGUUUUGUUGAUUUGUAUGCGUUGGGGAAGUGAUGAUAAGUGCGAUUUAAGAAAUUUCAAUGCUGCACUUUUAAUUCCAAUGUCUAUCAGUUUUGUUGAUAGUGUAAUAUACUAUUAUCAUGGCCAACUGUCUCAAAAGCCUUUGCUAGAUUCAGGUAUACUGUUGCGCAGUUUUUAUCACUAUCUAAUGUGGUUGAAUUCAAACUGAGAGGAAUAGUACAAGUCGUUCGAUUCAAUAUACUCUUGCAACUCAUUUUUAAGUAUUUUUCAACAUUUUUAACGAUUUUUGAGAUUAGAGAUAUUGGUUGGUAAUUACUAAUGGAUAGUUUAAAUUUUUUUAAUACAAGAAUCACUACGGUUGUUUUAAAUAUAUUUGGAAAAAUUGAAUUGGAUACAGAUGCAUUAAAGAUGUGUGAUAAUGGUUUUAAUAAUUUAGAUAAGUUUGUUUUGAUAAUUUCUUCUGUAAUAUUGUCAUGUCCAGGUACAAAGACAUAAUUCCUUUUAAAACAGAGUUAUUAUUAAUUAUCUCAAAUUUAGUGAAUCAAUGUGAUAUAAUUGUAUAAGGGACAUAAGUUUUAUUUUUGUUAAAUAUUAUUUUAGAACUUAUCAUUAUUUUGAACACGGUGUGAGCUACCUAAAAUAAAAUAGCUAUUAAUGUUAUUAGCCAUUUAUUGUAGUUGCUUAUUGACGAAUAAAGUAGAGUCACUAUCAUUUAUGAUAGAAAAAAUUUGACUGCUAUGCUUAGUUUGGUUUGUAGCUUUAUUAAUUAAACGCCAUAGGUACAUUUAUACAAUUAUGUUAAUUUGUCUUUUGUACUCUAUUAAUUACUAUUAGUAUAGAUACCUAACCUCCUAGAUUAUAUAUUUUAUUUUAAUACUUUUUUUUUUAUAAAAAAUACUUGACUAAGAAUUGUUUUAAAUUGCAUACCUAACAAUAUUGAAGUAAGUAGGCAUUUAGACUACAUUAUUGAAAGAUAUAGCUUUUUUCAUUAUGUGUUAGUAUUAUAUUAAUAACAUAAAAAUGAUAACAAUAUAGAAUAUAUAGUGUAUUUUUAACUUGUACCUACAUCAAAAAUUUAAAAUAGGUAAUCAGUUUUAACAAAUAUUAUACUUAAUAUAUUAUCUAUAUAAACAAAUUAAAACUUUCAUUAACUGUCACCUCUAGGUAACAGCAAUUUUUUUUGGACCCGUCAAUUAUUAUAGGAAAAAUACAUUAAUACCUCUAUAUAGCGGUAACUCUAAAUAAAGAUCAAACUUCUUGAACUUUGUAUCCAAAAUUGUAAUUUAAAGUGCGUGAUUUGCCCAAACUAAUUAAGACACUUUACAGUUAUAAAUAGACAUUAUGUAAUUGUCUUAUUCAACUUUUACCUACCCUAGGAAGUAUAAUAUUCUAAAUUAGUAUUUUUACCACCAAAUUCGUCAAACAAUUUUGAUUUUAAAUUGUACAUAGUAAAUAAAUCUUCAGUAUUGUGCAUGUCAUAAAUACAUUUUUUGGUACUUGCAUAUUAUUGUGUAGAUACUUAUUUGAGUUUUAUUUAAAUUAUUUGUACUCUCUAUAUCGGUCAUCUGGAAGUAUUGCAAUUCUGUUAAUGGUCACCUCUAAAUAACGGUCAUUAUUUCCCUUCGGUCACCGUUUUAUAGAAUUUUCACUGUACUUGCUAUACUUACAAAAUAAUAUACAUUAUGAUUCAAAUAAAACCAAAUAAAUGGUACAAGAUGGUUCCAAGCUGUCAAAAUAUAAUUUUUUUUUGAAGCUUUCAAUAAUAUUCUUCUUGAAGUACUCGGUCAAAACCCUACACUCCAUAAAUCCAUUAAUUUCUAGUUCUGUAUUUCUUAGUUCGCGAUAAAAAAAAAAUAUAUAUAUACCUACAUAAAACAUUUACUUUAAACAGAUUUCCCAUGUUUGCAUUAUAAAAUAGUCUAGUAAAUACUUUCAUUUAAGUAGUAUACCAGGUGAUCUAAUUAAGUAGGUAAACUUAUUAUCUCGGAAAGUAUUAAGUUUUUUCGAAAUUUGUUUUCUAGAAUAUUUAAGAAACAUACACUUUACAAUUUAUAUUUAUAUUUUUUUUCACCCUAAUUUUUGGGGUUAAAACCAUGAAUUACUUUUGAUUUACAAAUAGCAACCUAUAUUAAAAAUUCCAUAAAUAGAUUAUUAGUUAAAAUAAAUUUUAAUGUUGAAAUUUUAGAUUUUUGUCAAGCCGUUGACAAGAUAUUUCACUUGUAAGUACACGUCGUACGCCACACGAAUGAUACUCCACUACAAUUCUUCUCCAACCCAUACUUAAAAGUAGAAUAUUUCGUCAACGGAUUGACGGAAAUCAAAAAUUUCAACACUAAAAUUUGUUUUAACUAAUACUCCAACUAUUUAUGAGAUUUUUAAUAUAGGUAAAAAGUAAAUACUUUCCAAAAUAAUGAAUGUACUCACUUAAAUGGAUCACGGUUAUCUAAAACUAAACUAUAAUAUAAUUUGAAUUUUAAGUAUCUUAAAAACGAGUAAAAUAUUUUUCAGACAAUGGAUGUAUCUAGAACCUAUAUUUGCCAGUCCUGAUAUUAAAGAUCAACUUCCUGUUGAAAAUAAGAAAUUCAAUACAGUUCAACGUACAUGGAUACGAAUCAUGAAAUCCACUUUAGAAAAACCAUUAGUAAGAAUAGUUAAUAUAUAUGUUACGCUUAAAUCCCGAAAUCGACUAAUGUAUACAUUAGCAUUCUCGUCCAUAAUCAAAUUGCUGGAUUAUUGAAUCACCAAAAAUAAAAAAUAUUUUUAUAAUAUGUUUCACAUCCUUGUUUUGUUUUAAUGCCCUUAUUUGUAAAAUUUCAGUGACAUGAUCUUAGUAGAUAAUUGUCUUUCUAUUUAAUUUCACUUUUCAAACUUCUAGUAUUAUUACGAAAUAUUUUGAUGAGAUCAAUAAAUCUAAUUAUGUUUUUCCAGCAAUAAUUUAUUAAAAUACUCGUACAAAUUGUCUUUCAAGUACAUUAUAUUGCAGACUUACGAACUAAAUUUUAAUUGACAUAUAUAUAUUACUUAUGGCAGAGUAGAGCAGUGUGUUAACAAAGUGUUACACCAUUAUGGUCUUUAGAGACAAUACAGAGGUCCGGGUUAUAACCACGAUUACAUUAAAGUUGUUUAUUUAAAUUGGUAUUAGCACUUUUAAGAUAAAAUAGGUAUAAUACUAUAAUUUAAUACUAGUCAAUAAAAUCAUAUCAUAAAAAGUUGUCAGAUAAUCUAUGAAUAAGGAAAGAAAUAAAGUUAAAAUUGGUUUCGAUGCGUUUAGUGGUUAGAGUAGGAAGUUUGGGUGUAUUAAGGAUAAGAGAAUAGUCGUACGGAGGAUGCCGAAGCUUAAGAACCAAUUGGGCAUACGACAGAAAUUUAUUACGGACACACAUUAACCUUACAGUUGAUCCUUCGCAAGAUAACGAUGCAACACAACCUCACUGUACUCUAAAAUUGAACGGACUGCCUGGAUAUUUAAUGCUAUCACCACUUUAUUGAAACAAACAACUAAUAAGAAUCUUAUAUCACAAACCCAUUUUUAAAAAUAAUAAAUUAUCUUUUUAACUUUAAAAAUAUUUGAGCUGUCAAAAAUGAUUAACCGCUACUGUAAAAUGUUUAAAAAAAAAAAAAUCAAAAUCAGUACUAAUUUAUAAGUGAUGGAUAUUUAAUUUUUUCUUUCUUUUUUUUAAAAAAAUAAAUAUUACAGCAAAACUCUUUUGAAAUCACUAUUUCAGUUUUCAUAUUUUUAAGUUUUGAUUUUGGUAUACCGCCAAGACUACAGUAUAAUAAUAUAAUUUUAAAAAUAAAAGAUAUUGAUAAACUUAUUAAGUAUUUAAUCAGGUGAUGAUGAUUUGUCCGGAUAAGAGAUUAUUGGAAAAAUUAAUAGAAGGAAGAGAUCAAUUGAUUUUAGUGCAAAAAGGAUUAACAAAUUAUUUGGAAGUUAAAUCAUCGGUGUUUCCUAGAUUUUACUUUCUUAGUGAUGAUGAAUUAUUGGAAAUAUUAGCCGAUUCGAGAAAUCCAUUGGCCGUACAACCGCACUUGAAGAAAUGUUUUGAAAAUAUUUAUAAAGUAAACCAUUUACUAUUGUAUACAAGUUACCUUUAUUUAUAAUAUUUCAUUAUAAUUGUAUAGCUUGAAUUCGAAGCCGAUUUAAAAGUUACUACUAUGUAUUCUGGCGAAGGGGAGAGCGUUAAAUUGAUCCCACCUAUAUAUCCCAAAGGGACCGUAGAAUAUUGGCUAAUGGACAUAGAAAAUAUUAUGAGAAACACAAUCAAAGAGACGUUAAAAGCUGCACUGGAAACAGUGGAAACCACACCUAGAGACGAAUGGGUGCUCCAAUGGCCGGGUCAAGUUGUCAUAGCCAUUUCUCAGACUACUUGGACUGCACAUGUUGAACACGGUAUCAAAACGAAUACGCUGAAUUCGUAUUAUAAAACUAUGCUAUCUCAGGUGGGUAGAAAAUAAAAAAAAACAACAAAAUACAUAUUAUAUUGGUUUAUGGCGUACGUAGAGAAUUUGCUACCUAUCUAUAUUUUAACUCAUUUGUGUUUUAUAGUUAAACGAUUUAAGAAAAUUAGUUAGUGGGAAUCUUAAUAAUAUUGAACGCCAAGUAUUGUCGGCGUUAAUCGUAAUUGAAGUUCACGCUAGAGACGUACUAUCGAGUUUGGUCGCACUCAAAAUAAAAAACGUUAACGAGUUCGAUUGGAUACGACAGUUAAGGUAAGUAGUAGGUCCUAGUAAGUGGUAAAACCGGUGGCGAGUGAUGCGAGACAUGCACUUAUCCAGAUUUUGUUUGUGAAUGGUUUUCACUUAAGUCAUUAUCAAUUAUAACUGUAUCAAUAUUAAAGUGAUAAAAACAAUUUUAAAAUUGCAUAAAAUUGGAGAAAAUAUGAAAUACGGCAUCCCCUUCUCCCCCUAACAGUGAGGCGUAAAUAUUUAUGUUUGAACUUUUAAAUUGUUUAGAUAUUAUUGGUUAGAUGAUUUUGGUGAAGUAGUCAGAGCGGUGAAUGCUCAAUUUCCUUACAGUUACGAAUAUCUUGGAUGUUCGGGUCGUCUGGUCAUAACUCCGUUAACCGAUCGUUGUUAUCUAACAUUGACCGGUGCUCUGAAUUUGAAAUUUGGCGGAGCUCCGGCCGGACCGGCUGGUACGGGAAAAACGGAAACAACUAAAGUGUGCAAUUCAUUUAUAUUGCAUUGAAAUGGACUUCUAUAAUAUAAUAUUCUGAUAUAAUAAAUUAUUCUUAUGUUAACCUAUAGGAUUUAGCAAAAGCAUUAGCUAUUCAAUGCGUUGUGUUCAACUGUUCAGAUCAAUUAGAUUACAUGGCGAUGGGAAAAUUCUUUAAAGGGUUAGCCAGGUAUACAAUCGUAGUAUUUAAAAACGAUUCAAAUAAGUAAAAUUACAAUAAAUUAUUGUAUUUUUAUUUUAUAGUUCAGGAGCUUGGGCUUGUUUCGACGAAUUUAAUAGAAUAGACAUCGAAGUGCUCUCUGUAAUUGCUCAACAACUUACAACGAUACAAAAAGCGUUAAUGGCUCAAAUGACCAGGUAUAUAAAUAUAAUACUAUGAACAUACCUAACUACUUUAUUAAUCUGAGUUUUAUAUAAGUAAUUACUUUUAAUACUUAUUGUUCCAGAUUUAUGUUCGAAGGUAGCGAAAUAGCUCUUAAACCGACUUGCGCCGUGUUUAUCACAAUGAAUCCUGGAUACGCGGGCAGAACAGAAUUACCCGACAACUUAAAAGCGUUAUUUCGUCCAGUGGCCAUGAUGGUACCCGACUAUACGCUUAUCGCUGAAAUUUCCCUUUUUUCAUUCGGCUUUAACGACGCGAAACCGCUCGCGGGUAAAAUCACCACGACGUUCAAACUCAGUUCGGAACAACUCAGUACUCAGGUUAUUAUAGCAACACUAUAAUACCGUUUCGUUAUGUUUUGUGUUCUAAAAUAAUAAUUUAACAUGUAACAUAAUUUACACCUCAUCAGGACCAUUAUGAUUUUGGAAUGAGAGCUGUAAAAACUGUUAUCGCUGUGGCUGGAAAUUUAAAAAGAGAAAAUCCUGAAAUGGAUGAACAGCAAAUCAUUCUAAGAGCAUUAAGAGAUGUAAAUGUACCGAAAUUUUUAAAGGACGAUCUGACAUUAUUUAAAGGUAAAUGAAAAAAAAAACAACUAAUAUGUAUAUUUAUAAUGAUUAUACAGGAGAUUUUUUUUUAUCAUAAAUUAUCAAUUUUCUCGGAGGAUUUUAAGUGAAUUUGAUUUUCUUUCUUUUAAUCAAUAUGGAAAUGAUGAGCUUUAUUUCGAAGCCAUUUUAAAUUUUGUUAUCAUUAGUACUCCAUAUACCUUAAAAUAAGUAUAUAAUUUUGUUUUUCAAAUAGAAAUUCCCCUUUUAUGAAUACAGAUUUGAAUAGCGAAUAUUAUUUUUAGAAAUUUUUAUAUACAUAAUACAAAUAUCAGAUUUACCGUUUAUGAGUCAUAGCCAUUUAAAGUUCAGACUGGACGAGUAAAGAAAGGUUAAUAAUAAGUUGAUAACUUUUCCCUACUCCUCCAGUCUAUACACUUUAAAAAGUUAUAACUGAUAAACAAUAAAACUACUAUAAAUGGGGGGUGAUACACGUAAAAUAAAAGUAUACAUUUAUUUAAGGUAUAUGGAGUAAGGGUAAAAAAUUAAAAAUGGUUUUAAAAUAAAGUUUAACCAAUUUCACAAUAAUUAAAAACAUACAAAAACAGACAUCAAAUUAACUUAAAAUCCUUCGAAAUAAUUGCUGGUUUAUGAUAAAAAAUUACUCUUUAAAAUAUAUUGCAACUAAUAUAAAUAAUACUAUGCAUUGAUAACACAUAUAAAGUAUUAAUUGUAAUUAUUGUUUUAUAUUAAAUUAUUAGGUAUAGUUUCUGAUCUAUUUCCGUUAAUUAAACAACAAGAUAUUGAUUACGGUUCGUUAGAGAAAUCAAUUAGAGACGCAACUUUAAACUUUGGACUAGACGAUGUCGAUGGUACGCAAAAACCGAUUAUAAUGACCGCGUUUACCAAUGAAAAUAACCUAUUAUAGUAAUUUUAAUGACAUUUCAGAGUAUAUGAGCAAAGUAAUUCAAUUAUUCGAAACAACAGUCGUAAGACAUGGCUUAAUGUUAGUUGGACCUACCGGGUCGGGAAAAACAAAAGUAAUCAAUAUUAAAUCUAUUAUAAACACAAUAUUAUUUAAAAAAAAUAAAAUUGUGUAAGUUUUAAUCAUUAUAAAUAACCAUGUGAGGCGUCUUCUAAAAAUGUAUAAUACGCGACAAAUCUACACAUUUUAUUAAUUGUAAGAUCUUAAAAUGAAUAAUUUUUUUUGUUUCAUAAAACAUCAUAUUCAUUGUUUUAUCAUUAUAUACCUAUAUAAUAAUAAUUUUUUUAACAAUUAUAAUUCUAAUAGAAAAUAUUCAUUAUAAUUUCUAGUUAACAUAAUUUUAUACCGAAUAAUAAUAAUUAUUAUAUGCUUAGUGCUAUGAAAUACUGAAAAACGCAUUAACUAAAUUAGAGGGCACGGAAUCUCCGAGUGGAGUACUAUUUGUUAAAGUUCAUUCGUUUGUGUUGAAUCCAAAAUCAAUUACGAUGGGCCAGUUGUACGGUGAAUUUGAUGCUCUUACACAUGAGUGGUUAGACAGUUUAAGAUUUUAUAUUUUUGUUAUUACAAUCAUUGUUGUUAGUCAUUUGUUUGUUUUAUUUAUAUUUUACUAUCAAAACUGUAAAAUGUUAAGAGUACUAUUGUAUUUUAUGUAACAUACAUAUUUAAAAUCAAAGUACAAAACCCAAAAUAUUAAUUUAAUUAAUUUAAGUUAAUUGUUUUGCUAUAACCGUAAAUACUUAAUAAACAAAAUGUAUAGCUUUUUGUGUGUUAUAUAAAUUUAUCUGUAUAUCAUGUGUCAUCCACAAAGUGCUCCAGUUUUUAUAUUUAUUAAUAUAUAUAUAUAUAUAUAUACAUUUUAUAACAUAUAAUACAGGACUGACGGUAUUUUAUCGUAUAUGGUCCGCCAAGGAAUUUCCGUCGAAGAUUCAGACAAACGGUGGUAUGUUUUUGAUGGGCCCGUGGAUGCGGUUUGGAUUGAAAACAUGAAUUCGGUUUUGGACGAUAACAAGAAAUUGUGUUUAAGUAGCGGAGAGAUAAUGAAAAUAACCGACAAUCAAACGAUGAUUUUCGAGGUCGAAGAUCUUUCCGUGGCGAGUCCUGCAACGGUUUCUCGAUGCGGUAUGGUUUACUUGGAACCGGCUAUUUUAGGAUAUGGACCGUUCAUAAAUUGUUGGUCCAAACAUUUGCCUAAAGUAAAUAUUAUUAUUAAUGUAAUAUAUUUAUGAUACAUUUAUAGUUUCUUUGAUUUUUAAAUAUCUUUUAUUUUUGAUGAUUAUCAUAUGUUUUCAGUUGGUAAACCAUGUAAAGGAAGAAAUAUUAAGACUGAUAGAUUUAUAUGUAAUUCCAGCUAUAGAAUACGUCCACAGAGAGCUUACCGAAAUAGUCAUAUCGGUGAAAUCGUCAUUACUUAUGUCGUGUUUGAAUUUAAUGACGAUUAUGUUUAAACCAUUAACUAACGCCGAUAACAAACCCAUACCUCCCCCUCAAUUUUUGAGCUUAAUCCCUCAACUGUUGCCAUGUUGGAUAGUAUUUGCAAUCAUUUGGAGUGUAGGAGUGACUUGCGAUCACAAAUCUCGUACACUAUUUUCGGCAUAUCUAAGAAAACAGAUGACUUUAAACCGACAUCAAAAUAAAUUUCCUAACGAAGGAUUAAUUUACGACUAUAGGUAUCGAUUUUCAAGUUUUUAUGGCAUAGCAUUGCAAGCAAUAUUUAGUAAACUAUUUUGUUUUAUUAUUAUAUUGAGUUUACAUUGUAUUCAUAUAGGCUACACGAUGGUGGAUUUACCAUGCCAACGGACAGUGGAGAACCGGUCCCACCAACGUGGAUUAAUUGGGGACUCUAUGUCGAAAAAAUAAUGAUAACGGAAGAAACCAACUAUUCGGGUAAUUAAUAAAAAAAGGUACCUACCUAGUAAAAUGUAGAAUUCUGUUGAAAGGGUAUUAUUUUCAGACAUUGAAGUACCAACCGUCGACAAUGUUCGAUCGGCUUAUAUAAUCGAAAUGCUUUUGACGAACGGUCAUAAUGUAUUGUGUAUUGGACCGACCGGUACUGGAAAAACACUCACAGUUAUGUCGAAACUCACCUAUAAUAUGCCAAAAAAUUAUAUUUCUGACUUUUUGAACUUUUCCGCCCGGACUUCCGUAAAUCAAACUCAAGAUUUAAUCGAUUCGAAAUUAGACAAACGGAGAAAAGGAAUUUUUGGGCCACCCAUAACCAAAAGACUUAUACUGUUUAUUGAUGACUUCAAUAUGCCUGCUUUGGAAACCUAUGGUGCACAACCUCCUAUUGAACUCAUAAGACAAUGGAUGGAUUUUGGCGGUUAGCAAUUGAUUUAUUUUUAUUUUAACAGUAUUAGGAUUUGAAUCUGUACACAAAUUGUUUAAUAUUAGGAUGGUAUGAUCGAAAAAACAUUGGUGAAUGGAGGAGUAUUAUCGAUACAAAUUUUAUUGUAGCGAUGGGUCCUCCCGGCGGUGGACGGAAUAACAUUACACCUAGAAUUCUCAGACAUUUUCAUUAUAUAUCGUUCACCGAUAUGGAUGAAAAUAGUCAAGUAAAUAUUAUAAAUGAAACAUUUUUAUUACUGAUUUAUACAGGUUAUGCCCACGAAAAUAAACUCUAUCAUAUUAAAUUUAUAGAUAAGUAUUUUUGGUCAAAUUCUCAACUCAUGGAUGUCAAGAAAUGAAAACUUUAAAGGAAUAGAAGAACAAAUCCUUCGCAUGACACUUACUAUUUACAACAUUAUUUUAUCUGACUUAUUACCAACUCCGGCAAAAACUCAUUAUACUUUUAAUCUAAGAGACUUAAGUAAAGUUUUCCAGGGCAUAUUAAUGGCUCAACCUGAAAUUAUUGAGGCAAGUUUUAAAUAAUUAUUAGUAGAUUGGAUAAUUUAAAACAAAAUAAAUAUAUGUUUUUUUUGUACAGAAUGAACAAGAAUUAAUCAGACUAUGGUAUCAUGAAAACUGUCGCGUUUAUCAAGACCGGUUGAUAAAUAAUGAAGAUAGAAACUGGUUUAGUGGCCUACUAAAAAAUAAAAUCCUCGACAAUUUCGGACAAGAUUUCGUUUCUUUAGUGACUGAUGAAAUCAUUUUAUUUAGUGAUUUCGUUGAUAGCGAUUCUUACACCAGAGUUACAAAUACUAACACAGUAAAUAUAAACUAUAUUUAUUUUAUUAUAUUUUUUUAUCUGAACCGUAUUUAUACCGACAAAUAUUUAAUUCAAAUCAUAUUUAAGCCGAACUAUAUUUUAGCCAACAAUAUUUAAGCGUGGCAAUAUUAUUCUGUACUCAAUAUUGUUUUAACCUAACCGUGGUUUAUACUAUGGUUAUAUUAUUAUAAUAUAUAUUAUGGUACGCUUACAAUAUAAAUAUGAUCAAUAAAUAAUAUAUAUUCAUACAUAUAUGAAAUCAUAACCUCGGUAGACGUCAAUAAACGUCAGUGAAAAUUUUAAAACAUUUUUGCCUAAAUGGGCGGGACAUUAGUAGUCGACUGACGGAGGAGAAAUGGUCUGACUUUAUUUUCUAAGAUGUCUAUAGUGGCUAGAUACUAGUGACUAGUAUCAAUCUAGUAAUCGGAGUGUCCAAUGGUUCUGGCAAAAUAUCUGUCGGCUAAAGUGCUGUUCAAAUACGGUUUUGAUAAAAUAUUUUUCGGAUUAAAUAUUUAUUUGUUAAAUUACGGUUUGCAGUAGUUUUAUAUAAGUAGUGGCUCACCGGGAAAAUCCAGGUGUCCCGGUGGUCCUAUCCGCCCCUGAAUAUUAGCAAUCUAUAGCAUUAAAUACACCUCUGCGGUCAUUUUCUACAAUAUUAUGAUUUAAAAAUGUACUGAAAUAUUAAAAGUAUAGGUACUAAUAUUAUUCUAACAAUUGAAAAAAAUACUUUAAGGUUGUUUUUAAUUUUUCUGUCUAGAUGUGUUUAAUAAAAAGGUUUACUGUUUUUAUUUUAGAUUUUGAAAGUGCUUGAGAAGUAUUUAGAAGAAUAUAACGCUCAAACUUCGACGGUAUUAAAUUUAGUAUUUUUUAUGGACGCGAUAUCUCAUAUUUGCAGAAUAACGCGUUUAAUUGGACAACAACUCGGCAAUGCGUUAUUAUUGGGUAUGGGUGGUUCAGGUGAGAAAAUUAAAAAUUUUUUAGGUACCAAUAAGACAAGUUUGUAUUAUAUAUAUAUGUUGUUUUAUUAGGCCGUCAAAGUCUUACACGAUUAGCUACGUAUAUACGUCAACUUCAACUCUUUCAAAUACAGUUAACCAAAACGUAUGCAACUAACGAUUUCAGAGAGGAUAUGAAAAAAUUAAUGUUAAGAGCCGGUUUAUUAAAAGUUCAAAGCGUAUUUUUAUUUAGUGAUACACAAGUAAUACUAAUACAAAUAAAGUUUUGUGCAUUAAUAAAUUACUCGUGCACACAUAUAAUUUAAUCAAACAAAAUAUAUAAUUUUUUGUAAUGUAGAUCAAAUCUGAAUCCUUUUUGGAAGAUAUAAAUGGUAUACUCAAUUCUGGAAACAUACCGAAUAUCUACCAACCGGAUGAAUUAGAUAAAAUCAUGCAAGUUAUGAAAGCUCCAGCGACCGAACUGGGGUUGGUAACUUCUAAAGCAAAUUUAUUCAGUUUAUAUUUGAAACGCGUCAAGAUAAACCUUCACAGUGUUAUCACAAUGAGGUACUACUUAUAAAUAAUCCUUAUAGUAAUAUUAAAAAUAACGCUCGGAAUGGACCUAUAAAUUGUAGCCCGAUCGGAGAAUUAUUUCGUUCUCGAAUCCGUCAAUUUCCUGCUCUCAUUAACAAUUGUACGAUAGAUUGGUUUAGCGAAUGGCCAGAAAGUGCACUAAAGGUAUGUUAAAUGAUACACUUUUAAGCCAAUAAGCCCCGAAUUUUUUUUUCUUCAAAACUGUUCGAAAUUUUUAUAUCUAAUAAGAAUAACAUUAUCACUUCUACUUUAUUUUAAAUCAUGUUUACAAUGUUAUAAUUAAAAUUAUAUUUUAGAGUGUUGCGCAUCAUUUUCUAAUGGAAAUCGAAGAUUUACAUUCAAAUUCUGUGUUAUUUGAUGGCAUUGUUUCUACGUUCCAAUAUAUGCAACAAAGUGUAAUUGAAGAAAGCGUAAUUUAUCUACAAGUAUAA